AAGAAAAGGAAGAAGAUGACACAGUCGAGCAGUAAUAGCAGUAGCGGAAGCGGCAUAGAUUUCCAUAUACCUGUUGAGAUCUUAUCUGUGAUUCCAACAGAUCCAUACGACCAGCUCGAUUUAGCGAGGAAGAUCACAUCCAUGGCGAUUGCGUCUCGGGUGUCGAAGCUGGAGAUGGAAUCUGGUUGGUUGAGGCAGAAGAUUGUGGAGAAGGAUCGGUUGAUUGUCGAACUUGAAGAGAAGAUUUUAAGGCUGGAGGAGGCGUUUCGGGAGACUGAUGAGCACUUGAGGAUUGUCUUGGAGGGGAAUGCUAAGCUGUCGAAGGAGCGAGAUUCUCUAGCUUUGACCGCGAGGAAACUGAACCGGGAUUUGUCUAAGUUGGAGACGUUCAAGCGGCAAUUGAUGCGAUCACUUAGUGAGGAUAAUUCAUCUCAGCAAGCUGAAACUGUUGAUAUAGGAACAUGCGAUCAGUUAGUUGCUAAACCUUAUUCCUUGAAGGAUGAUGGAACAAAUGGGUCCACGACACCACAUGUUGUUAGUGGCUCUACAGAAGCGGAGAACCUGAAUAACGACGCCAUCAGAUAUGCCAGGAAUAAAUAUUCUUUGACUCCAUACAUCACCCCACGCCUAACUCCUACCAGAACACCAACAGUGAUCUCCUCAGGUUGCUCUCCGAAAGGGUACUCUGCUACUGGAUCUCCAACGAUGACAUCCGGUAUCACAUCACCCACAAAAUCCCACCUUGAAAGACGAUCUACAUUUUCAUCAUGGUACCCAUCAAGCCAGCAAUCCUCCGCAGCAAGCUCUCCCCCUAGUGGACGCCCAUUGCCAGCACGAACUCCUCGAAUUGAUGGCAAAGAGUUCUUCAGGCUAGCCAGGACUCGUCUCUCAUAUGAACAAUUCAAAGCAUUUCUAGCCAACAUUAAGGAGCUUAAUGCUCAUAAACAAUCACGAGAGGAAACCUUAGAGAAGGCAGAAGAGAUAUUUGGAACAGAUAACAAAGAUCUUUACUUAUCUUUUCAAGGGUUGAUUAACCGCAGCACACAUCAGAGCUAAUGUACUUUCUCAUGGAUCAUGAUAUUAGAGUUGAGAUGUAAUAGGUAGGCUUCAAAUAGAAGUGGCGAUCCUUGACAGUUGACCCGACACCUACCGCUUGCCCUAACUUUGUCAUCUAAUACAUUGGCUGAUCUCCAGCAUGAGAAGUCAGAUCAGGUAUUAAACUGGUUGGAAUCAGCGAGGGCUGCGGAUCUGGUGGACUAUUGUGCUCCAUUGGCUUUAGCCCAAACCAGUCUAGCUUCCCUGGUUACUUGCCUAAACCUCCAUAACCUACCCAAACCUUCUUGAUAGUCCAAUUCAGAUGUUUGUAUUAUGGUUGACAUUGUUUAUUUUGUAUAAAGGUUGACGGAAAAUUAUAGCUGAA